CCCAGUCACGUGACGGGGUCAGCUGCCUCGCUGUUCAGCAGCUAGCCGUUAGCCGAUAGCCUUCCCCGCACCGAGCCCCGCAGAGCCUCCUCCCGCGGGACGUGUGGCCCCCGCCGCUGCUGCCCGAGCCUCCCGAGCCCCCUGAGCCCCCCGGCGGGUCCCCGGCCCCCCCUGAGCCCCCCACGGCCCCCACGGCCCGAUCAGCACCAACAUGUCGGCGGUGCAGCGGAUGAAAGUGGCGAACGAGCGACACAGCAAGACGAUCACGCAGCGGGGACACGUCCAGAAGACCUCGCGGCCAGUAAAUGAUGACAAGUCUCCGGUGGGACCGUGGCUGCUGGCCCUCUUCGUCUUCGUGGUUUGUGGAUCAGCCAUCUUCCAGAUCAUCCAGAGCAUCAGACAGGGCAUGUGAUGACGUCUGACGCCGGAGCUGAGCCUGUCACUCGGAGGGAGGGGUUUGCUGCCUUCAUGACCCCGCCCACUACACAAAUAAGCACACACAUACACACACACACACACACACACGUCUGUCUGUCAUUGUGGGGACACUUAAGUAUUUCAUGCUCCUCACCACCAUCUUUAAUUUUAUUCCCACCUGAGUCCUGGAACCAAGUCUGGACCCGCAGUUGAGAUGGGACACCGUCUCUGCACCUGAGCCCCCCCGCCCCCCAGUGUGAUGUUUUACGAUGCCAGUCCCCUCAUCCACAGCCAGACAUGAACACACACACACACACUUGUUCCUGUGGAUUUUGAACUUGUUUUCGUUUCCUCUGUAAGUCUCUGCAGAACAUUGUAUUUUAUUUUAUUUUUUACUUCCCUCACUGUUGAUGAUCACUGAUCAGGAACUGGUCGGUGCGUUGCUGUUGUCAGAUGAAGUCUUAAGCCUCCUUCCUGUCGUCCAGCCUCCCGUCGUCACGGGGGACGGACGCCGAGCUGCUUUCCGGCUCGGCGACGUAAAUCCUGCCGUGGUCUCACAACUCCAGGCUUCAGGAACCAGGCCGUGCACGAGAAGCUGUCCGUCACGUGCACAUACCUGGGGAGUGAACAGCUGUAAGACAGCUGUGAGGCGGCUUGCUGUGAGACGGCUAGCUGUGACACGGCUGUGAGACGGCUGUGAGACAGCUGUGAGACAGCUGUGAAGCUCAGUGCUUCCUGUUGAAAUUCCACAAUAAAAGCCCGGUAAAAGGCCUACUGUUUUGUUUGCAGACGCAAACAUGAUGGAAAGGUGACAUUGACAAUAUUUAUAAAGAAGCUCUGAAGUCUGGGGUGUGAUGACUUCUGGGUGACGGCCGUUCUUGAACCUGGACCUGGGCGGUUCUGCUCUUCCACAGCCUCUGAGCAGCUUCUGGCCGUCCUGACGGCAGAAACCACCAAAGCUCCAGGUGAAAAUGUGAAGCAGGAUUUGUGUUCGCCGACCCAGAAACGGCAGGCGUCCGUCUCUGCUGGACGUUUGACUGUAAAUGAAGUAUAAGGCUGAAAACGAGCCCCUGAACACCUGUACCAACAUCUGUACGAACAUCUGUACGAACCCUGCUGGACGACCCGCUCUGCUUUUCUACAAAAUAAACCUCAGAUAUUUUCUCUAAA